GAGAGAGAGAGAGAGAGAGAGAGAGAGAGAUGGAUAUUACGAGAAUGGAGGCACUUCUAAGAGCAUGUGCAACCUUGCUCUUACUCACAACUGCUUGCUUGGUUAGAUUUGAUACCCAAACCAGCCUUAUCUUCCCCGAAUACUCACGAACUGCUACUUUCAGAGACAUGAAUGCUCUCUAUGUGUUGGUGUUCAUGGACGUAGCCGUUGCAGGUUAUAAUCUGGUUCAACUAAUAAUCAGAGGUCUACUCUCCUCUCAUAUGAAACCAGAUAUGAAUGGUUCCUACAAGCAUCUUGCUUGGAUCUCUUUCUUAUUCGACCAGGCAGUCGUGUACAUGUUAUUUGCAGCAAACUCAGCAUGCCUUACCGCCUCCUUAUUGGCAGUCAGGGGUGAACACGAUCUAUUCUGGAUGAAACUAUGCAACAAGUUCAACCGAUUUUGUAAUCAAAUAGGUGGGGCACUACUUUGUGGAUAUGCAGCAUUUUUCUUGAUGGCUAUGGUUUCAUCCCUUUCGGCUUAUGGUCUUUUUAGACAUUAUUCACCAAAAAAGUAUCUUGUUCUAAAGUGAAAAAUAAGAACUUCAAAUGCCGUUGGCAUGUUUUAUAUAAUAUUCCAUAUCUUAGUUGUCACAUGUAUAUAGGUUAAAUGAUGUACCUUCGGUUGGUGUUACAUGUGAUUCAUGGGUAGGUUGUAGUCAUUUUCAGUAAUGAAUACUCUCGUUUGUUUUAGAAGAGUAUUUAAAGCAUGUGUCAUCCACUUGAUGACUUGAUGUCUCAAGAAUUAAUUGGUUGGUUGCAUUAAAGGGUAUUAUGCCAAAAUGAUCAAGCGGC